CAAGUUCCAUUCAUUGAUUCCAAACAACAAAUAUUAUACUCGUUUGGGCAAACAACGAUCACGGUACUUAUUGACCAUGCACGCUUCAUAUUCAAUAUACGUCGUACACCAGCUAAUACAGUCUGCAAGUCAUUUCGAUACCAGGGGGUGCCAUAUCAUCAUCUGAUUUUCAAAUUCAUGUUCAUAUAAAUUAAGCCUGGAAUUUUGUGUAAACACAUACUGUAUUAUAGCAAUUGGAUAUUCCUGCAUUCUGUUAAUUUGAAACUAUAACUGAGUGAUGAUAAUGUCAGUCGACACAAUGGUGCUGAGGAAUUUAUAUUUCAAUGGAGGAUCAUCGUUCGAUACCCAUUACCAUGGGCAAUGGCUUCGACAGCAUUGGUGGGUUUCAAUCUUCAUCUCCUUGACGUACAUAUUCAUCAUUUUCGGGGAAAGCGGUUGAUGUCCGGCCGGACACCUUUCGAUCUCCGCAGUCCCCUCGUUGCUUGGUCGGGCAGCUUUGCUCUCUUUAGUUUCGCUGGUGCGGUGGUGAUGGUCAGAGACUUUGCGCGCUGCGUCGUCGAAGACGGGUGGCGCGCAACCAUGUGCGACGCCAAUUUCUUCAACGGGAACGUGGGCCUGUGGGUUUGGCUAUUCGCACUCAGCAAGGUUCUCGAACUCGGUGACACGAUCUUUAUCAUCCUUCGCAAGCAAAAACUCAUAUUCAUCCAUUGGUAUCACCACGUUACAACUCUAAUCUACACAUUCUAUUUAUACGCCGACUGUAUGUCUGUUGGACGCUAUUUCGGCACUUUGAACUUCGUUGUACAUUUUGUGAUGUACUCCUAUUACGCCCUGAGCGCUGCCAAAAUCAUCAACAAGCCUCGUCAAAUCAAGAUCUCAGUUACAGUCUUUCAGCUUGUCCAGUUUGUCAUCUCAAUCGGCGUGUCUCUCUACGCGGCAUUUGAACUUUCGGCGGGAAGGCACUGUGACAUAAACUGGCUAAAUAUUUUCUGGACUAUGGUCCUGUAUGUAAGCUUUUUGUAUUACUUCCUUAAAUUCUUUUACGAUGCGUAUGUCAAACGGCCUGAGAAGCAAAAGAUAUAGCGAAAAUCUAUCCCUAUGUAUCAGUUUACCUUGGUGUUUUGUUUGUGAUGUAAAUAAGCACUAAAAAAUAAUUUGAAAUUAUAUUGCUUUCUACCUCUUGGACAAACAUCAACCGAACAAAGUUAAGUUUAUACUAACGAAAGUCAUGUUUUUUCUCAUUUUCAUAUAAGCUAUAAUUUCUUUAGAUUAACCGAACUUAACGUUUUGACCCCUAUUAUAAAUCAUAUUAUAUAUUAUUGUAUUGUCAUUAAAUGUAAUUGUUCUCUAUGAGAAAAUAUCGCGUAGGGCUAUUAAUCAUUUCACCAAAGGUCAUAUUUUAGGACGACCCGUCGUCACAAAUCACACUUUGGAGGGUUUUAAUAUAAGCGAAUGCACGCGUGUCUUUGUAAGUCUUUGAACACUGCAAAAACGCCGGUGUUAAAGGGGUGUUAAUUCAACACCAGCCUGGUAUCUACAUCGAUCCGAUUUCGGAGAGGUGUUGAAACAACACCGAUUUGCGUUAGGCUAACACCAAUUUGACAUUCAAGCAACUCCAAUAUCGAUUUGAUUCUUAACUCUUGUUGUUUCAAGAUUUUAUUGAUUCCAGGCUAGUAUACCCGCGUUUUUUUGCCGUGUAGAAACUUUGUUAAUGGUAGGGUCCUUGAAAUCCUUGAUUCUGAAUGACUGUUGAGCAUUGUUACCAUGGUAGUUACCAUUUGAUUGCAAAGUUCCUAUAAUAUGGUAAUAACUUUUUAGAGCCACAUGACAUUGUAGCUCUGUGGUAAAGCGCCCACUUCAUGAACGGUAGGUCGUGGGUUCGAUCCCCGGCCGAGCCAUACCAAAGACUUUAAAAAUUUGACCUUCUUAAUUCUUGUCUGGCGCUCGACGUACGACAAUGAAGAAGGGUAAUAAUAACAUAAUUAUUGUUAUCCAAGGCCCGCUAUACAGCUUACAUCUGAGAGUGGCUAACCAGGGUAAAUAAGAGUUAUUAUUUUAUUGUUAUUAUUUUAUGCAACGGGGCCCAACAAUAACGAAUAAGCCUACCAGCAUCAUGUACACGCAAAAAAGGUCCUAGUUUACAUACACUAUUUCAUGCAACAGGCAGAGCGCUCCUUGAGGGGUCCAAAGUCAACAGUCUAAAUGUCAAGUCCACCCAUAGCCCCAUUAAAGUAAUUUGAAUCAAUAGCGAAAAAUAAAACAACCAUAAUGCU